AUGGCGUCGUUUCCUCGUCGUCUUCUUCCUUUUCUGGUUCUCUCUCUCUUUUUUCUUCUGAACUGGAGUCCUCCUUUGCUCGGACUCCCCCGGUCUGCCUAUCCCCUGGAGACUGUCACACGCCUGUUUGAAGGCGCGCACGGAGCGCGGACGCAGGCGGCGGGGCUCGGUCCCCGCGUACCCGCCAGUGUCUCCUCGGGGCUGCCGUCCGCAGGCUUCCUUCUCUCUUCGCGAGCGCGAAGCAACGCGAAAACGGCCGACUCGCCUCCUCACUGGCAGCCGCACGGCGUGCGAGUUCAGCGCGUCACGCGGAGAACUGGGGAGGCCGGAAAACGGGGAACUGGGAUGCUCAAGGAAGAAGAAUCGAUACGGGGAAAGGUGGGAAGGAACUGCCAAGAAGAGGCAAAGGACAGGAAGCACAAUCGCUUUCCGCACUAUGAUCUCCUGAUGACUUCCUGUGUGCCUAACGCAUUUCUUGGGGCCUCUGUGCUUGUAGGCCUAGAGUCGAGCGUCUUGCCGAAAACGCACCACCGCUCUCCCUCGUCUCGCAGUCUGUUUUUCGUUUCCCGCUCUUCUUCGCCCUUCGUUCGUAACGGCGUGGAUGACCCGUCUGAGACGUUUCCCGCCUUCUUACCUCCUCUGCCACGGUCUUCCUUCUGCAUCCACAGCCCUAGCCGUUCCUUCCUUUCUUCCUUCCUCGGCGCUCUCCCCGCCACAUGGCGCGCCGAAGACGGCCUGCCUCGCUCUCCGCUUUGCACCGCUGGGAGCCACGCGGAGCCGCGACUCCGUCCACCUGGUCCUUCCUCCCCGAGCGAGUUUCUCGUUUCUCAUCCUGCGCUGGUCCCCCGACUGGUGUGGAGCAAACCUGGCGCAGUCAGCGGCAUGGGCGACGAUCACGCCCGUCUUCUCGAGAAGUUUCAACAAGAAUUCGCUCGGCUGCAAAGCAUCCUUCCUGCGUCGCUGCCACCAGAGAGCCCCAGCGUUUCUGGGCCUUCGCCAGCGAAUGCAGGGGGAGAGAAAAACCACGCAACCAAGGCAGGCAACGCAGCGGGAGAGAGGAAAGACGGAGGGACGAGAAGGGACGGAAAGCUGCCGACGGUCCAGGAUCUCCUCGCGGAAGUCCAGCGAGAGGGCCACGUCCCGAAACGGGAUCCAAAAGUUCUGAAAGAGCUGGAAGAAGUUAUUGAUGGUCUGUACAAGGACAGCGAAGCGUCAAAUGACAGCUUAUUCAGUCGCCUGACGAACCUCGUGAAAUCUGGAGCAUUUGGCGAGCGACUGCAAGAGGUCUACGAAGAGCAAGAGAGGGAUCAGAGCGAGGCGGAGGAGGCGCAGCGAAAGGUCGAGGCGACUGACGGCUUCAAUCCCCACGAUGUCGCCAAGGCCGUGCGGGAAGCGACGGCAAACCCGUCGGCGUUGAAGGUGGCGAGGGCGAUCAUGGCUGCAGGGAAUAUGCCCGAAGUUGCCCAAGGAGACGCGCCUGGCGCUGUCGGCGAGAGACGACACGCCGACGACGACGCGUCGCGAGCCGAGAGGGAGAAAGACGCCGAAGAGCAGAGGCUGCGGCGCGCGUCCGAACACUUUGCGGAAGCCCCCGAGAAGGCAGCCGGCGACAUCAAGAACGAGGGCGAUCUCUUCGACAUCAUCCGAGGCAGCACAAAACAAUACCUCGAGCAACUGAAUAUGAAGCCGACGCCACCGGGCCAAACCCGAGUGGACGACAACACGGUGAUCCACUGGAAAGAAGAAACCGACAUUCUUCAAGUGUGGAUUCCUCUGCCGCGCAAUUACAUCCGGGAGAGCAUCGACGUCUCCAUGGCGAGGGCGCGCCUGCGCGUGUCCUGUCGAGUGGCCGGGGCCUCCACAGAAGGGAAACAGACAGAAGAUACAAUCACCAUUGUCGAUCGCCAGAUGAAGGGGUAUAUCGUCAGUGCGGAUGCACACUGGACAAUUGCGUCGUACCCUUUCAAGCGCCCCACUGGCCAGGAGGACGCGCAGAGACGCCAGCACUUUGUCCAUGCAGUCGGUCCCAAACGAGCGGACUCGAGGAGCAUCUGGGGUGGGCUUUUUGGUGAACCGCCAAGCAGAGAGGAAUGGAUGUUGCAGAACGACGAAAGAUACACGCAACUCGAUGGCACCAAGCCUCCACCUCCUCACGUCCUGAAGGCUGUCCCCGAGCUUGACCAGCCAGAAGUGAAGAACUUUAUUGAGGCUUUCAACAAAAUGAGAGAGGAGGCAGCAAAGGAAGCGCAAGCGGGUGGCGAAAAGAGAGAAGAGGGGAAGAACGAAAAUGGAACAGAAACAGAGCUUCAGAGGGGGAACACAGUGGAGCGGUCGAGCAAUGCCUAA